AGAAAUAAAAUGAUAAAAGCAAGAUAGUGCGAGAUGCUAAGCUUAAUAAGGAAAGGAAAAGGAAGGAAGGAGAAAAGUUUGGAUGAAUCUGAAUCCGAAGUAGAACAGGAUGACAGACCUUCCUCAAGAGCUUCCAACAAAUCUGAACGCCUGGACCCCAGAGUAAGUUGGGUUGACCGGCCUGGGUCAGGCAACCACCCGGAGCGCCCACACUCACGCUCAGGGCGAACAAAGCAACCUGUUCUCGGCACUCUAGGCUACCAACCGAACCUUUUCGAGGAUGAUCCAGGUGUGAUGAGUGAAGUAGAAACUGCUUCAAGUCGACUCCGACGAGGUGCUAAGCAAAGAAACUCUUAUGGCGGAGGGGUAGUUAUUCCUAGACCAAGAACAUCCCCCUCCCAACCUAGUCGUUCCCCUAGCCAGGGCAGUAACCAACACAGAUUUCCUGGAAACAGCAACGGAUACUUGUUACCAGAUGAUGAUCCAGGAGUGAUGUCUGACGUAGAUAACAGACAAUCUACAUCUAGAAUGAAAGCACAAAACAGUACAAUGUCUCUUGGUAGAGGAGGUGUACUUUACCCUCCUCCCCUGCAUUCAUCUCUAUUUGAUGAAGAUCCCGGGAUUAUGUCGGAAGCAGAAACUUCAAGUACAAGACGGAAAAACAAACCUAAGGCAGUAUUACCUGUUGUCAGAACACCGUCAAAAACUUUAGAAAGACCUCUUGGCCUAGUAUUUCUAGUGUAUAGGGGAGAAACAAAACGUGCACUGCUUCCGAAUGAAAUAACCGUGCUUGACACGGUAAAAGCGCUUUUUGUGCGCUCUUUCGGUCGCAUGCUAACAAUGGAAUAUAUGGAUUCUCCUAGGGUUAAAAUCUACAUACAUGACAGUGGUAAAGAUAUUUUCUACGAGCUAGAGAACCUUCAAGAAAUCAAAGAUCGAACUAUUCUGAAACUAUUUGAAACGGACGGUUCAGGAAGAGGGCCUUCAGGAUUAGGAUCUGCUGGUUUACCACCAUUUACUCCAACACCAGCAGAAUUAUUUGAACCUACAUACGUUUCUAAUGCACAGCUUAGAUCUACGAAGAGUUUACAUAUAGAAGAACCAAUAUCAUUGCCUACAGACUCCUCAACAUUACCGAGGAACGUUUUCUCUACCAGAUCUUUGGGAUUUGGUGAUGAGCAAGAAUUAACAAGAACUAUGCCUGGCCGAAGUAAAUCAUCCUUAUCAGCUCGGUCCAGAGAUCAUGAUACGAGCUCACAGCGAGGGAGUAAGGAUGAUCUAAGAAUGGUUCGAUUUGCUUCUCGAUUCACAUCGCAGGGGGAAGGAGGCUAUGCAGGUCACGGUCCCGUUAAUCAGGCCGAAGCUAAAGAAAGAAUGAUUGCCAUGGAGGUUCAGCUAAGUCAAUUGACCGGGAUAGUGCAGAAAGCGCUGAUAAAAAAGGGAGGUGGGAAGAAAAGUGUAAGUUUCGAGAAAUCUGUCAGUUUUAGUGAUGAUCCCCCUCCUUUGCCAAGCAGUAUUCUAAGUAAAAGAGGAGAAAGAGGAGACAGAGGAGAAAGGGGAGACAAAGGAGAUAGAGGAGAAAGAGGGGGUUCUGGUAAUAACGGAGGAGGAGGCAAAGGAAGAGAAAGAUUGGUCGUUGGAACUGCUGAAGGUGUUGGAGAAGUUGGAGGUGGGGAAGGAGGAGGACGAGGAGUGAGAGGAAUAGAUGAUCUAAGAAGUGGAGGAGGAGUAGGACCUGAAGGAAAUGACCGAGAUGAAAACCUAACAAGAGGAGGCAGUCUUAGGCUAAAUAUUCCUCGACCUGUACAGACAAGUGAAGAGAAGAAGAAGAUAGAACGAUCUAGUCUGGUAACUCUAGAUCCAGAAUUAUAUAAUCAGUUGAGAGGAAUACAAAAAUCUGCCAAAGAUCUAAGACAAGAGGUACGGGUCCUGAAGCGUCUUUCUCAGUUGCAAAGCAUGACAAUAAACGAUCUGGUGAACGAUACAUAUCUCAAGCUGCGUGAAGCAGUUAUUGUCUUUGCUACAGAAAAUAAGUAUGGGUCAAAAUCUGAGUUUGAAAUUAUACGAGCAAUCGAAGAUGAAUCUUUGUUCAGUCAGGGACUGGUCGAACUGUUAAAAGAGUUAAAAGAACUGGAGAUUGGCGUUGAAGAGAUAAGGAGUGGAGUUAUUCUUAAAAAGAAUAAAAUCUCUACUCAGGAUGUGGAGAAUAUGGCUAUAACACUAAGCAGAUCCAGUAAAAGGGUUACAGAGCUACAAAAGAAACUACCAAUGUUGCAGCAGAAACUGUUGGACGUACAAAUUCCGGAUGAGGGAGGUCAACAGAUACGAAUGAAAAAGUUUCAACAAGAAAUACCCCAGAGACUUGAAAAUGCUUGGACUAGAUGCAAAAAAGUUACUGGAACCUUAGUUACACUGAAGAGACUGGCAAGUGUCCAGGAGCAGAGGGUGCAUCCUGGUGCUCCUCUUGAUGUGUCACUGUCUCCGACUCCAUCAGAAAUAGCUCGACUUCCAACAGGUUCGGAUAUGAGCAAGGAGAGUUCUCUCGAUGAUUUACUUGAUGCCUUGCAAAAUUUCUCCGAGGGGAGUAACUCCGAAUCCCUGGCAUCAGAUGCUCCUGAUCAGGACAAGAGUUGUAGCAGUUCAAGUUCGAUAGCAGAAAACCCUGUUCACGCCCGAACAGUCAAGGCAAAGGUGGGAAAAGCCUCUCAGGUAUUAAAGACAAACCAGGAUGUGAAGGCUAGCCGUGUGCUAAAGACUAACCAGGAAGAGGUUGAUUCUCAAGACACAGUAAAGGCUCUGGAACCCACAAGCGCUAAGUCACCAACAGUCUCUCUCCCAGUAAUUGAUUAUAAUGACAGCUCCAGUCCUCAUAAACAGAAAAAUACUCAAAACCAUGCUCAACUUUUACAAAAUAUUGAUUAUUCAAUGCAAGAGGAGUGUUCACUCACACCCCCUUGCCCUCCGAGGACAAAUACGAAGGGAGCUCCACCCCCACCCCCACCAAGAACCAGCUCUGCAAAGCCUGAAGAUCCUCGGAUUAAAGUUUGUGUCGGAUCUGAAGAUACCAGGAGUAAAAGUAGUGGACAUGAAAACAACAAGAUAUCCUCUUAUAUCAAUACUAAGCUAGUUGUGGAUCACACCGCAGCCUCGGCCCUGAACAGAACUGUUGCUACUGAACAGGAAAGAGAGGAGAGAAAAUCAAUGAAUGAUAGAUUUAUAGAAAGGGUGGCAUCAACUGUUCAUUCACUUUCCAGGAGCGAAUCUUCAAGCAGCGAAAGUGUAAAUUCCCAGGAAGGCAGUCUGCAAUUAAGAAGAAAUAAUAGUUUGACCGGCUGGACAGGUUCUGGACCCCCUCCUGUUCCUAAUAAACCAGAUGCAAUAAAAAACUUGAAUAGCAAAAAACGCCAGGAUGAGUUGGAACAACGGCACCAAGAGCUGCUUCAUAGACAAAAACAGCUGCAGGAACAGUUUCAGCGGCUGCAGUCUAUGCAAAAGGUGUCGGUAACUGGCAGUAUACGAGAAAAUCUAAAUAAUAUAGAGAAAAACUCUGAUUCUGUCGGUGAGUCUGCACUUAACAGUUUGGAGAAAAAUUCUAUAACACAAGGAGAGAGUUAUGGUAAAUCUGAAGGAAAUAGGAUCGGUAGUUCCUCUACUUUACCUUCUGCUGCUCAAAGAGCUCAUGCAAAGAAAAUAUACGAAACAGAUAUUAUAUGAUGUUGAUAUUUUUUGUUGGGGAAAUAAUCUAUAUAAAGAUCAAUCAAAAGUAUGUAGUCUAGUAUGAAAUCAUAUAAGUUUGUGAUGAUUUGUGUCAAAUUUAAAGUUAGGUCUAAGAAUUAUUUUUUGUUAACUAUUCGAUACACAGUUGUUUGGAUUUAUUGGGAGAGUUUUUUUACCCAAUUAUUUGUACAUUUUCCAAUUUUUAUAUUUUAUACGUCGACAUUAUUUUAACAUUUUACGAAUUGUUGGUGCAUUUCUUGUUUAAAUUAAUCACUUAAACCAUUCAAACUUAAGCUUAUACAUUGUUCUGUAUAGUAUUUAUAUGUAAUAGUAAUCUCUCUGGAUGUUUGUUUGUCAAAUUUCCUUGACCGGUUUGCCUAUAUUUUGUCAGAGCCAUUGAAAAUUGCUUUAUUUUUCUUUGCAUAGCAAAUUUUUUCUUUUUCAAAUAAGUAUUUAAUGACAUUUCUUGUUUUAAUCUUUUAAUUUUACGCUAGUCAAAUAAAGGGUCUUUAUGGUUUUGGAGGUAAUCGUAAAGCAAGAUUAUCAAUGUGUAUGGUGAUGUUCUGAAAUGUUUUACUGAGACCGAAAAGAUAAUCAAGUUUUUCAAAUCAAAUCUUGCCUGAAUUUGCUGAGUAAUUUCAUUGAAUAUACAUUGGAUAAUUACAUGGAUAUUACAAAAUUGCAGGACAGGAGUAGGACACCACAGAAACUGAUAAAGGUGAAAUUCCAUGCGUUUAAAAUCUGUUAUAUUUUUUAUGAGAAUUUACCUGUUGCUGAUGCAAAGACUAAUGCCAGGAUAACUUAGUGAAUUCAAGCAAGAUUAAAAAAAAUUAUUUUUAGGCCCUAAAUGAAAUAUUUUAUACUCAAUGAGAAUCGUUAACAUAUCAUUCCAUAACAACAUCGAUACCAUAUACAUCAACUCCAAAAGCCCCAAAGACCCAAUAUUUGACUAAUGCUUAAAGGCAGUGUUCGUGAAAAAUGAAAGGGGGUAUAGGCUUAAUGCAAUAAAAAAGCGCUUUUGAUCGCUACUAAUCUUACUU